AACCCGGAAGUGUACCCUCGGCCCGAUGGAGAGCAAGAAAGCGAUGGCGGGGGACACUUCAACCGAGCUUCUUUUUAUAGAUACGUUUAAGCACCAGAGUGCAGAGUUAACCAACGUGGAUGUGGUGCGGUUUCCUUGCGGGGUGCUGAUCACAGAAGUGCGGGUCAUUCCUCCAGGGAUCAAAGCACACAGCAACGUACCUGACAACAGAGCAUUUGGGGAGACAUCACCUCAUGCCUUCCAGUUAGAGCUGUUCUUUAAUAAUGCCACCAAACCCAACAACCCCACGUUCCACAGACUGGGCAGGUCAGAAUGAUUUUCCCUUCCCCUUCUUUCCCCUUGUUUCUGUGUUACUUUGAACCUCUCCUUAAUCUCUGUAUUUCCUGGUCAUGUUCCAAAAGUGCUUCAGAUGCAGAUGUCUGUCUCACCUGUAGAACCAGUCGUGGUAGCAUCUGAGCCCUGUUCUCAGACCAGAGCGGUGCGUGCGUGUGUGCACCUGCACCCACCCAUAUUCAAGUCUCUUUGUUCCCAUGCUGGCUAACUGGUCUCUCCAGAAACUCAACCUCGCCCACAAAGUAGCUGAAAGUGACGCAAAACGUGUCGGUCCUGGUGUGAUGGAUGAAGAGUGGAAUGAUUGAGUCCAACAUUUUUAUUCUACCUUCAUAAUAACAGAGGUGUGCACAGUAGCACCCGAGCGUGGACUUGUAUUGAGAGGUGUGUAUUGUGUAAGAGUUGUUGAAAACUAAAUACGACACACCCAAGUUAUUAUCUCUGCUGGGAAAGUUGGGAGUAGUUUUUUAUUUCUUUAAACCAGUCUGGUUGCUAUUUUAAGAUUCUUCCAAAUGUCAAAAACUAAUUUGACUGAAACGUUUGUGGACAAGAAUUGUUUUUGUCAGCUGAGGUGAUAAUUGGGAUAUAGAUGAUCUGCGCAAUGCCCAAAUCUUACAAUAAUACAAACAAUAACAGGGAAACCUUGCUGCUCCUUCUGGCAUCAUGUUGGCUAAAUGUUGGUGACAUUGUCCAGGCUUUUUGAUUUCUGACCUCUUAAAAUUAUACCUACAAUCUACUUUGGAACACUUAUAAGUCAA